ACAAUCAAGUUCUCCUCCCCCUAUCAGACGGCGGCCCACCUGGAGUAGGUCAUCCUUGCCAAGACAGCACCCAUUUAUACUGCCGCCUAUGCAUGUCCAGUGCGGAGAACACUACACUGAAACAAACAACUCACAAGACAGCAUUUUCCAUGGAAAUGAAGAAACAUUCUAUUGUAGAUCUCAGACCAGCUUGGACAGGUGCCCCAUGGACUUCAGCUACUUAAAUGGUAAUGGGCCAAAUGGCAGUAUGUGCAGUGCCCACAGCAUGAACUCUCUCAACCGUUCACAGAACUUCGUUCAGGCGUCUCCAAUGUCCUCCAAUCUCAGCAUCCCAGGAAGUGAUAUCAUGAGAGCAGACUACAUCCCCAGCCAUAGACAUAGUGCCAUCAUAGUGCCGUCCUACAGGCCAACGCCAGACUAUGAAACUGUCAUGAGGCAAAUGAAGAGGGGGGUUAUUCACAUGGAUAGUCAAAGUCAAUCUUUAAGGAACCUCAAUAUUGGAAAUACACAUGCUUACAACCAACCAGAAGACCUGGUUUACAGCCAACCUGAAAUUCGAGAGAGACAUCCCUAUACUGUUCCUUAUGGGCCGCAUGGUGGUUAUAACAAACCUGUUGCCCCAUCUGACCAAAUGAACCCUAAUAAUGCUGUGCAGAAUAAGGCAGCAGCCAGUGCCAUAUCCCACACAGUUAGCACGCCAGAACUGGCUAACAUGCAGCUGCAGAGCAGUCAAAGCUAUAGUACUGUCCACAUGUUAAAUAACUAUCUUUUCAGGCCACCACCUCCAUAUCCACGUCCACGUCCUGCCACCAGCACGCCUGACCUAGCGAGCCACCGUCAUAAAUAUGUCAGUGGCAGUAGCCCUGAUUUGGUUACUCGUAAGGUCCAGCUCUCAGUGAAGACAUUCCAAGAGGACAGCUUGCCAGUGGUUCAUCAGUCACUCCAGGAGGUUAGCGAGCCACUCAUGGCAGUCAAGCAUCAUGCAGCUUUGCACAAGCGCCAUAGUUUGGAGGUCAUCAGCAAUAUGGUACGUGGUAUAGAAGCUAUGGCUUUAAAGACUUUAAAUGCCCCUCUGCCACGUAGAAACACCUUGCGAGAGCAGGUGCAGCCAGAAGAGGCAGCGCAGAUGGAACACGCGGUUCAGCAGCACCCUUGCUACCAUCACAAGAAGACGUUCUCGAGUGCCACGAUGCUGAUACACAGCAGUGAAAGCGAAGAGGAAGAAGAAGCUUCAGAAUCAGUGUCACAGAUAGCACCGCUCCAUGAAAAUGUGGAAUAUAGUGCUCAGUUGCAAGCUGCUUUGGCUAGAAUACCAAAUAAACCUCCUCCUGAGUAUCCCGGGCCAAGGAAAAGUGUUAGCAAUGGAGCCCUGAGGCAGGACCAAGUAAACAUUUCAGUGGCUGUAGCCAGGGCCAAGGCCAUGAGGCCAGGGCCUACCAAGGCCAUUAGCGUGUCUCGGACUGAUCAAAUGACAAUGAAUGGGGCCUCACUUGGACCAUCUAUCUCAGAGCCUGACCUCACAAGUGUAAAGGAGAGGGUCAAGAAAGAACCAGUGAAGGAAAGGCCUGUGUCCGAAAUGUUUUCUAUCGAGGACAGCAUUAUAGAAAGAGAGAUGAUGAUGAGG